AUGGCUCUGCUGGUGGCUGGCAUGAUGUUGCACGGGAUUCUGCCCCGGGCGUGGCGGCUCGCAUUCGGCGAUUGGAAUUCUCCCCAGCACGCCGUUGACGGCGCGCUCGAUGACUACGCAAAGAUGGGCGGCAGCAUCAAGGUACUCGCAGGCGCGGCGAACAACCCCGCCCUCAACUGCAUGGCGGCGUGCAGCGCAUUCAUGUUCCGCCCCGUGACGACGACCAUUGCGACCUUGGCGAGGCACUUCUAUUGGCACGACGCGGAGACCUUCGGCCUGUUCCUGAAGAUCGCGCACGGCGUCAUAUUACUUCUAUCUCGGUGUAUUUGGCGACGCGUUCGUUGUCGAUGCUUCCAGUGGCCGUUCCGCUUAGCUCGCUUGGCGGAUCCCGACCCGACUGUCCGUCGUUCGCGCGCCGAGGACCUCCACGCGCGUUCCGAGUGUUGCUUCGACAAGGGCAUGGGCAUGAAGAUCAGGACUUUCGCCUUGAACGCCGCGGGUUUGGUUGAGAACGGUGCGGCGCUGGCAGCCGUAAGCAUGUGGUCUGAUUCGGCGUUGGCUUGCAACGUGAUCCAGGAGCGGGCGUCCGCUCUUAUUCGUCGGAGUUCGGCCUUGAGGCGCAACGUCGAGAGGCUCAUCAGCAACGGCUUCUUGGCCGCCAUCUUGCCCGAGCACCUCCGCGCCGGCGGGUCCGAUGUGAGGGCGGUUGCCCGCGGCAAGUUGAUUGAGAUGGGCGCGCCGAUCCAGUGCGCGGCGAAGAAGCAGGGCAGGGCAGCGCGCGCGAAGGCUUCAGAUCGACAACUUUCGUUCCCAGCAUGGGCUAACUCCCAGACGAAGGGCGCCAGGUUCGGGUCUCGAGCGGAGUACCGGGCGAAGAUGGCAGAGCUGAAGGCGGAGUGGGCGGAGAACGGCCCCCGAGGCGUCGCCUCUCGGCGCAGGCCGAGGGGCAGGCUGGCGCGGACUUGCGAGGACCGCAUCGGGGGCGUCUUGAUGGACCUGUCCUCGAAGGACGAGCCGAUCCGCACGGACUCGCUCGCGGCCGAGGUUCGCCGCGCCACUUCCAGGGACGCCGACGACGCGAGACCGAUCGGCCUGACAGAGAAUUUGGACCCCGUGCGGCAGAAGUUCCUCUCGGACGCCUACGUCAAGGACUCAG